AUGAUUAUUUUGCCGGCGCCAUCAUUGAGAGCUCAAUCCUCAUCCACGACUAUAUCAAAAACUCUGCAACUAACCUUUUGCCAGGUUCGUUUUGCGUCUUCAAGUGCUCCGUCUUCGUCAAAUUCCUUCGCGAACUCCCGUUUAACCCUUGAUUCCGCAACUUCAUUCACUGCUGGCGCCGCGGCCUGGUAUGCACACUUCUACGGCACUCUACUUUUCCUUGGUGAGGUACACGCCAGUCACCUCAGCGAUGAGGGAUUGCAUGCUGUUGCCUAUCCUUGGCCUCACAAUGGCUUUUCGAGACAUUCGAUUAUGCCGAACUACGAAGUCUACCGCGAAGUCUGUGCAACGUGUCGCUCUCUUAACCUCGUCGCCCAGAAUGGACCGAAUGAUAAUGGAGAGAUGUUUCAACGUCCAUGCAAGCUCGCUUGCUCCUACCCCAAUGAAGAAGCUGCUCGUGCUCGCAAUGCUGGUGCUCCUCCUCUUGACUCGAGUCUGAUCGUCAAGACGGGUCGCGGUGGCGACGACCAUAUUUUUUUUCUUCUGACCGGUUACGUCGACCCACCGGCUGGUGUCGAAGUGCAUGAUGGCAUGAAUUACGACCCAUAUUUCCCCGGCAGCGCCCUGUCGAUGACUCGAAUCCUUUUUGAUAAUAGAACCCCCGCCAUUAGCUCUCAGAUGACUAAGGACGCAGUGACAUUUUUGAAUUGGGUCGCUGAACCUGAACAUGAUGAGCGCAAGAAGACUGGAAUGGAGGCGGUCAUCCUGUUCUCUACUUUGUGCGUCCUUAUCGUGUACGCGAAACGGUUCAAGUCGGGCCCUAUCAAGAAUAGGAAGUCUUCUCACAACUCAGCUAUAUCCUUGCAAACAAAUUGCCUACAUGAAGUGUUGGAAAAGGAACAGGGAACAUCAGGAACUUGUACGCUCCAAAGUUCCUAA